UGUACACUCUAGGCUGUGUCGCAGGUUUCUUGCCAGGACAUGGGACGGAGGCUAAGCUAUGAACACCUCCGACAGGAAGCCCAGAGCCCACACUAAUGCAGCCCCUUUUUCGUCUGUAAGGCCUAGUCCGUGAGGCCCAAAGCCCUUUCAGUUUCUGCCCUCCGCGGUCCCUGACUCUGCCAGUAAUAAACAUGGCUCCAUUAUGUUGCUACCGGCACGAUCAUGUGACACCGACGAAGCUCCGCCCACUCAGGCUGUGCCUGCGUUAGAGGUUCCGAAUCUGCCCCCGGCCCGAGCGCUGUAACCCGGCCGCCAUAGACGCUUGUAAUGCCGCUGCUGGCAUGUCAUGUGUACACGGGGGGCAGCCGGCCUUGGGGACUUUUAACAAGGAUCGCAUUCAGAGCUUCACCGAGAUCUUUAUCUUUAACACAGCGCAGAAACCAUGCCGGUGUUGUCUCUUUGUCCUAUGACUUGUUUGAGGGAAAAGCACCUGGACCACCCCUGGUCCUUCUUCAUGGAUUGUUUGGCAGCAAAUCAAACUUCCAAUCUAUUGCCCGAGCUUUGGUGCGACGGACAGAUAGAAAGGUAUUAACAUUAGAUGCCCGCAACCAUGGCAGCAGUCCACAUUGUGAUACUAUCACGUACCCUGCGAUGAGUGACGAUGUCCGUCGCCUCCUACGGCAGCUAAACAUUUCUAGUUGUGUCUUAAUCGGUCACAGCAUGGGAGGCAAGACCGCCAUGACCUUGGCACUGAGUGAACCUCACUUGGUAGAGCGUUUAUUAUGUGUGGACAUUAGUCCUUCUCCAACAUUACCUCAGACUGGUUUCCCUCAGUAUAUCAAAAUUAUGCAGAAUGUGCAUUUGGAAGGGACGAUGCCAAGGUCUACAGCCAGGAGACUGGCAGACGAGCAGCUCAGUGCAGCAGUCAAGGAAGCAUCUGUUCGCCAGUUUUUGCUAACCAACCUUGUGCAAGAAAAUGGACAUUUUAAGUGGAGAGUAAAUCUUGAUGCCAUCUCCAACCAUCUCCAAGAUCUACUAGACUUCCCAGAGUUUCAUACAUCUUACCCUGGACCUACACUCUUUCUGGGAGGUGCUCAUUCUCCAUACAUUAGUUCAGAGAAUUAUCCUGAAAUAGAACGCCUCUUCCCGUGUGCAAACAUCGAGUACAUUGAAGGUGCGGGACACUGGGUACACGCCGAGCAGCCCCAGGACUUCCUCAAUGCCAUCUGCAGCUUUGUAGAGUCAACGUAACACAAGACUUUCUGUAGAACCAGCCUGCUCGUUCAAUGAUGUGUCGUCUAGACUUCCGGAAACCGUCGUAGCAGUAUUAUAAUGUUUACAAAUAUCGGUGUGGAAAUUAUUGAAUACGUUAUUACAAUGCCAAAUGUAACAAUUGCAUAUAUUUGUGAAUCUGAUGGCAGAGUAGUAAUCACUGUAUAGUAAUAUCCUAUUUUUUACUUUCAGAGAUAUUGUCAGUUUUCAGUUUUGGCGGUCACUUUAGAAUUAAAUUCUCAACAACUUCAAAAAUGUAAGCUAGUUUGAUGGUGGCAGCCAUGAACGUUCCUGAAUAUUUAAUGAAAUAUAUCUUUAUGGCA